UGCCAGCAGAGGCAGGACGUUAUUAGUUGAGAAGAAAUGAAAACAUUUGGUGUUUAUAGAUUGUACGAACAUAAUGGCUGAGAUUAAAUCAAUGGAACAUUCAACGCUCAAAGUUCCUUAUGAAGUUUUAAACAAAAAAUUUCGAGUCGCGCAAAAAAAUCUUGAUCGUGAAUUGGACCAAAUACAGCAUUCUUCGAGGGAUGUUGAAAACCUUAUAACAAAAACUAAAAUCUUACCAACAGUGGAUGAAAUCGGUGCAUUGGUAGGAAAUGUGGUCGAGCGCAUACAAAUAUUAAAACGGAAAGCAGGGGAAAGCUUACUGGAUGAAUUAAAUGCGGGAUUAGUAUGCAAACGUAAAAUACAACAUUUGAGGGUGCUAGUUCCGCCCGAUUCUAAUGUGUGUUACGACACUUGGCAAGCCUCAAUAGACCAGUGGAAAAGG